UGUCCCGAACAACAGCCCUGCAGAGAUUCCCUGCAUGUCUCCUCGGACUCAAAACAAGGACAACAAAUUUGUGGGUCUGAUCCAGAAGGAAAUUGAUGUCAACUACAGCAUUUUGGAAAAUGUGGAUCAGUCUUGUAUUCAGAGAUCAUCUGAACCCAAAGUCAACGAGACCAAGAAGGAACCAGAGAAGGAGGAAGGAGGAGAGGCACAAACAGGGAGGAGGAGGAGUUGCUCCUCCUCCAGUUCUUCUGAGGAUUACAUUAUCAUACUUCCUGAUUGUUUUGACACCAGCCGGCCCCUGGGGGACUCCAUGUACAGCCAAGGAAGCUUUACAGAAGAAGACGUUAAUGCUCCUAAAGCCAGAGAAGGAAUGGGAGGCCCAGAGCUAUACCACCCUGGGGGAAUCCACUACCUUGAACAAACUCAAACGCAUGAUGCUGAAGGGACUAAGGACACCAUGGAUGACAACAUAAGGGACCCCAGACUACAGUAG